GCACUUUUAAACUCAAGUGGUAUAUCUCAGAAAGUUUGUUGAGACAAAGAUAAGGUGUGUGAUGCCUGCAACCUACUCUACCAACAUGCGUUCAAAGUUUCCUAUCCUGGCAAUAUUGCUGGAAAUUGUGAUCAUUAUUUUAUAUGGAGUUUUUAUUACAUAUGAUGAUGGAGCUAGUCCUGGAAUUACUUCUAAUAACACCACCGCAGACGAACUCUACAAAGCAUACCCAAGUUUCCAAGAUGUGCAUGUCAUGAUCUUUGUUGGAUUUGGCUUUCUAAUGACUUUUUUGAAGAGAUAUGGAUUCAGCAGUGUAGGAUUCAACUUGCUCAUUGCUGCCUUUGGUCUUCAGUGGGGUACACUGAUGCAAGGCUGGUUGCACCAUUUAAAAGAUGGACAAAUCAAAGUCAACAUUUUCAGCUUAAUCAACGCAGACUUCAGCACAGCAACAGUCCUGAUUUCAUUUGGAGCAGUCUUGGGGAAGACUAGUCCAGUCCAACUUCUGAUCAUGACUCUGUUGGAGAUUACAAUAUUUGCUGUCAAUGAGCACCUUGUUACUGAGACCCUGAAGGCCAAAGAUGUUGGUGCAUCAAUGACGAUUCAUGCAUUUGGUGCAUACUUUGGCCUGGUUGUUGCUCGAGUUCUACACAGACCAGGUUUGCAAGAUAGCCAAGAAAAUGAAGGGUCUGAAUAUCACUCAGAUUUAUUUGCUAUGAUUGGUACUCUCUUCUUAUGGAUGUUUUGGCCAAGCUUUAAUUCUGCCAUUGUAGAAUCUCCAGAUGGGCAGUACAGAGCUAUCAUCAAUACCUAUUACUCUCUGGCUGCAUGUGUGCUCACUGCCUAUGCUCUCUCCUGUUUGGUUGAUAAGAAAGGAAAGCUGAACAUGGUUCAUAUACAGAAUGCUACUCUGGCAGGUGGUGUAGCUGCUGGAACUUCUGCUGACAUGAUGAUCUUUCCUUAUGGAGGUCUGCUGAUUGGAUUUAUUGCUGGAAUAGUCUCUACAGUUGGAUUCAAAUAUCUAACACCAAUUUUAGAUUCUAAACUUAAAUUACAUGAUACCUGUGGAGUACAUAAUCUUCAUGGAUUGCCCGGAAUAAUUGGAGGACUAGCUGGUGUAAUUGGAGCAGCAAUGGCCAACAAAGGUUUAUACGGGAAUAGUCUUUAUUCAACCUUCCCUGAACUGGAAACAAGAACUGCCAUUCAACAGGCUGGAUACCAAGCUGCUGGGCUGGGUGCAUCUCUUGCUCUGGCCCUCAUUGGAGGACUUAUUACAGGUCUCAUUCUUCGCAUUCCAAUUUGGGCACAGCCACCAGACCAAAAUUGUUUUGAUGAUCAUAUUUAUUGGGAGGUGCCAGAUAGUGAAAAUGACCACAAUGAGCUGCUUUCGUCAGAACAUGGAAAACACAAAACUAACGCUGAAGCAUGAUCCAGCAUAUUUUUGAAUAGAUCAACAUUUAGGAACAAGUCAGCAUUGCAAGCAAUACUCAGCAGUGAAUUCAAUAUAUUUUAUCUGAAUAUGUAAAUGAAUAAUAAAAAUCCACAAAUAGCUUCAGAACUUUAAAUUAUAUCCUUCCUUCAUUUCAAAAAGAUCUUGUUUUUUUUAUUGAUAAAUUUGCAGCUUUUUAUAAUUCUUUUUGGCCACAUCUUUCUUAAACUGCUAGGCCAUUUUUUAUUUUACUUAUACAUUUAGAGUUCUCUGUUUUGGGUUGGAGUUGCAAUGAUACAUGUCUGGAGAUGAUUGUGGCUUCAAGCACCACUACAAGACUUAAGAAUGUAAUCCUGGACAAGAGUUAGAUACUGAGGGAGUGCUGAGUUGCUGCAGGCAUUGUCCAGCUGUCAGGUGGAAAUAAAAGUCUUUGAAGUUACAUUUAAAGAAAUGUAGGGAAUACUUAGUUUCUAGACUGAAUUAAUAUUGCCGUUAACACUAUUAGCUCAUAAAUGUUUGAGACUUUAACUGUAUAAAUUGACAGCCUUACGUAAUAAAUAGUGAGCACAAAAAUUAAUUGUAUCUCAAAUAUUUGGAGAUGAUGAGCAUAUGAAAGGCAGUGUAUGAAUUUCAAAUUUUCUUAUGUUACAUAUUGCUCAUUAAAUGUACUGAAAUCAAUUAGUGAUGAGAAAAUAAAUCACAUGGUUUCUGAUUCCUGAUCAGUGUCCAAAGAUCAUUGUGCAAAGAUAGAAAUGGAUGUGAUUAUAUUUCCUUCACAGUAAAACUAUUUGCCAAACCUUACUCUUUAGAUUCACUUAUAAUGAAUGGUUUCUUUAACAAGGUGUUGAAGAGCUGUUAGUAUUUAAAAAUUUUCCUCCAUCAAUCAAUGAUUUCAAAAUAAAAGAAAACUAAAUCUUAACAGAAUAUACUAAUAUGUGCUAGUCAGGGAAUCAUAAAAAUAAUUAUUUGGUGAGCAAAAUCAAAUUAAAUAUUUUUCCCCAUUAGGAUUAAGAUUCAAGUAUGCAGGCAGCAGGAGAAUUGUUCCUCUUGUGUUAAAUUUUUACUUACCAAUUUUCCUUGUUUAGCUGUCACCUGCCACUUUUGUUUGGCUUGUGCUUUUUACUUCUUUAGUCCAUUUUGUAUUUUCCCACUGGUAGAGUGUUCAAGGCAAAUAUCCAUUUCCCACAAAAGAGUGGUAAUAGCUGAAAGAGCAGUCAUGCUUAGGAUCAUGAAGAGAGCAGGGAUCCUUAGGGUAUUUUAGGAUGAGGGUGAGUGUUAAGGUGUGGAAUUGUAGCUCAUCAUGAAUUAUCCAGGUCACAGUUAGGUAUAUUCUGGGGUGAAAGUGUAUAUGUGUGUGUGGGGGGGGGGGGGGGGGGGGUGCAUUGCAAAUUUUCGAAGGCAUGGAAUAGCAGAGAUCAUUGUGAUGACAGAAACAUUUUUAUGCAAGCUCCUUAGGAGAGCAAAAUAUAUUUAUAUAGCACUUUCAACAUAGUAAAUUUUUUCGCAUGUCAACUCGGAAGUGUGUAAUGUGACAAAAAUUGAAACCAAGCCUUAAGGAAAUAUCAGAACAUUAGGGCUAGAUAUUGGUUGAAGAGGUAAGUUUUAAGGACUAUCUUCUAAAGGAGAAAAAAUGUAAAGAGAAAAUGGCUUAGGGAGGGAAUUAGAGUUUAGUACCUGGACAGUUGAAGGAAUAUCCAUAAAUAGGAACAUGUUCUCUGAGGACUUAAAGCCAGAAGUUGUUUACAAAAAAAUGGGUGGGGUGAGAUCAUGAAGAGACAUGAAUGGAUGUAUGAUAGUUGUACAUUACAAGAAUAUCACUAGACAUGAUCUCUUAUAUUUGAUGGAAAAGAUAUUAUAAGCUAUAAAAAUCUCUAUUGUAACUGUAUUUUGCAUAUUAUGCAAUUUCAUUUCCUUCAUCUAAUGCAAAACAUUUACAAAACUAAUCUGUCAACAUUCCAUGCUGAGGAUUUUUAUAUAUACAUGCAGUAUAUACAUACUAUUCUUGAUGGUGCACCAUAUUAUAUGACAUUAUUUUCAUGGAUCAAUAGCUAUUAACAAAUGCCAAAAUUCAGAUAUAAAUGCUACAAACGGAACUUCAAAUAUCAAGUAUGAUUUUGUGUAAAAUUUUACAAGACUUUUACAAUAAAGAAACCUGUAUUUAAUAUUCUUUACAUUUUAACAAUACAGACUUUUAAAUGAUGUACAAAUUAAACAAACUCUCACAUCAAAUUGUUAUAUAAGCUUAUAAAUGCUAACACUGAGCCCGCAAAAAGCCAUUGACAUUAAAAAAAUAGAUGUCUGUAGAACGUAUCCCAUAACUUGAGAAAAUACUUCAAUGUGUCUGUACUUCGUGCUUAAUAAAAUAAAAUUGCAGAAAAACUAA